AUGCACGAACGAGCUAAAAGAUACUGGCUAAUUGCAUGUCCGCUGUAUAGGUCAUGGACUUCGGACAAGACCCAAGACCGAAGAUGGCACAAUGCUGGCCUGCUUGGGUUUGCUGGAAUCGCUGCACUAGUAGCUCUCCUCGUCAGCAAUAAUGCGGUCAAGUAUGCUAUGUUGUGUGUCCAGACUGGCGCAAUGUACACAACAAUACCUCUGAUUCUCAACUGGACCAGCGAAGUUCUGUCUCAGCCAACACGUAAGCGAUCUACAGCUAUGGCGUUGGUGAACUCAUUUGGUCACACGAGCUACAUUUACGGAAGCUUCCCGUGGCCCAGCGCCGAGGGGCCACGUAACCUAAAGGGAUUUGCCGUGUCGACUGCCGUCUUGUUCCUCGGCGUCUUGAUAGCUGCAUUGAUGCCAGUGAUCGCGAGUUACCUACCAAAGCCGCAGCCUGACGUAAUGCUUUAUGGACAAGAGUUGUUUGUUGCUGGCGAGGAGAAGCUCGAGAAGCAGGACGGAUGA